AUGAGCGAGAGCGCGACGUCCAUGCUCGACAGCGCGAAUUCGUCGUCAGCGACGAACGACGAUUUCUUGAAUUCGUUGUUGGUGCAAUCGCAGUUCCGACGCAUUCUCACGGACGCGUCGCUACCCACGGUCGUUAGCAUUCCCGCGAGUUUGGCCGCGACACCGACACCACCCGAUGCCACCAUCGGCUCGAUAACGGAACCCGCGAAGCUCGUGAAUCGCGGCGGCGGCGGCAGCGGCGGCGGCGGCGGUGGCGGCGGCAAGAAACUGAACCUGCCCGGAUCGUCGGCGAAAAAGAGACCGCGACAACGCAGCGCCGCGCCAUCGUCGUCGUCGAGUCAAACGACUAAGAAGAUCAGAUUCGCAUCGAUGGAGGCCAAGGUCGUGGAUGACGCGACUCGGACCGCGAUGUCGGCUCGAACGCGCGUCAGUUUCGUAUCGGAGAGAAUGUUGACUCGUCUGAUCGAAGUGCAGCAUGAAUGGGACGAGGCUCGCGGCGACAAGAGACUGUCGCGAAGAUUGCGACUUGUGAGACUGAUCGUGCCCAUCGACAACGAGGGUCAGCGUGCGAGGAACGAAAUAGGUUCGAGUGUGAGCGCGAGCGCGGUGGACAAUGUGACGUUCACGCGGCUCUCGCACCUGCACUCACGGAUCAACAAGCAACUGGAGAACCACCUGGUCAGUUUAAAGGACACGAGGACCAUAAUCGAGAAGAUGCGCGACGUCGUUGAAUCUCGAGAACGAACGAGAACGAACGGCGAACCCUCGGCCGCGCGAACGCUGCCGCGACGACCGUUUCGAGUGUCAAAGCAGCCCGCUCGUCUGCAAGACUUCGUGCUGCCGAAAUAA